GUGUGCUAUGAAGUUUUUAAUAAACCUUUUUUUUAACAUUAUUAUGUUGUCUUUGAAGGCUAUCAAAAUGAGUAAAAUGGCACAUUUACUCGAAGGUAUUUUGUAAAUAGUUGUAAAAAUAACAAUUAAUAACAAUGAAAAAUGCGAAGAUUCGUGACACUUAACUGUUUGGUGGACUGCACCGACCACCCAUUUCCUCGAGAUGGCAUCCAAAGUCUGAGACACGCUAUAUUAGCACCAGCGGUGUACGCCCCCAGGAUCCAGCAGGCACUCCGGAAUAUUGACUUCAAGUUUCACAGGUCUAAUAGCCUCCAAGAUAUAGUACGCGAGUGUGGCGCGGAGUGCGAGACUCUGUUGAUGUUCUGGGGUGGCGGUCGCUCCGAUAGUAGGUUCACUAUGAGUGCUUCAAGCUGCUCCUCCAUACACAUGCCCGCCACACCUGCCAGUCAGACGAGUUCAGCUCAGCGGGAAAAGGAUCUGCGUACUGUGGCGCAACAGACAGAGAUCAGCUGCCGUAGCCCAGGAGUCGCUUCACCAAAUCUAGUGUCAGAAGCAGACUCGAUGUUAUGUGCUCAGUUCGCAGACUCGUUAGCAUUCUCAUCCCCAGCGUCCUCGCUCCUGCCGCCCACCGGUCGGUCCAUGUCCAUCCUCGGUUCAGUCUGCGCGUUACUGCUCAACAAACAGGGAACAUCAGGAACCUUGAAGCAAGUGUCCAGCUUCACGGGCAGCCGGCACUCGGACAACAUCUGCCGCAUCUGUUUCGGAGGCGAGUCUGCCGAGCGGCUGGUGCGGCCGUGCUCGUGCCGCGGCACCAUCGCCGCCGUGCACCGCUCCUGCCUCGAGCGGUGGUUGCUGCAGGCGGCCACGUCUUACUGCGAGCUGUGCCGGCAUCAUUACAUCGUUACGAGGAGUCAUAAAUGGUCAUGGCUGCGUUCGUUGUGCGAGUGGGCCCGGUCGGGUCGCGGCCGGGCGCUGGCAGCAGACGCGUGGCGCGGAGUGGCGCUGGGCGCCGCGUCGGUGCUGGGCACGGCGCGCGCGCUGCACGCGUGCGACCGCGUGCUGCAGCUCGCCGCGCGCAGGGGCGGCGCGCCCGUGCUCGCCGCCAACCUCUUCUCGUCGCUGCUUAUUGGGAUUAUUGGUGCUCUGAAUGGGCUGCUGACGACGUGGAUGCUGCUCAAGAUCCAGGAGCACCAGAUGUCGUGGCAGGCCUGGCGCGACAGCACGCUGCACGUCCACGUCAGCCUUGCAGACGAAGAGCUGCCGCCCUCCCAGCGCUCCUCCCAAGACACAGUAGUCCCCUCCUCCGUCCCCGCCCCGCAACCCACACCCUCGCCCACCGCUGACAGGAGCACCAAUAUAGCAGACCCCUUCAUGGUCACUCUUCCGUUCAUCUUCCCCGAAUCCUAAUGUCGGCGACGUUCAUAUACAUCGCUGUCUCGAGUAUAGUUAUAUUUAUUUUUCUGCUAUCCGUAGUCUGGACAAGGCGACGACGCAAUCAAGAAUGCUGGUUUUAAAUCAGUUUCAGUUCUAAAACAAGUAUGAAAAUCUCAAGCGAAAUUAUAAACGUAAUAAUUUCGUGAUUUACUAAACAGUUUUGAUCAGUUAACAUGACGACAGCUUUCGUCUAUCUUGCAAUCUCAACGCUGGUCGUUUGCAUUGUCUUACUGACACUGCACUACUAGAACAUUAGCAGCCCUAUUCAUAAAUUAAAUUUGAAAUAAAAUACAGAUUCAUUGUUAA